GCCCUCGUUCGCCGGAGUCCACCAUUUCCGCUCCACUGUCCGUUGAAAGCCCACGCGAGGCGGAAGAGAGAGAGAGCCCUUUAUUGGAGCCCUCUCUCCACCUCCUCCUUUCGUCUCCAUUCGUCUCCAUUUCCCCUCCUCUCCUCGACCCCAAACCCUAACCCUAACCCUAACCCUCGAAGAUCACAGGGGAUCUCCUCGUCCUCCUCUACGGAGUCGUUGUCCUCAAUGGAUCUCUCCGACAAGUCUCGCCAAUCGCUUCUCCCGAGCUUCCUCUACUCGUCCACGGCAACGAAGACCGUGGGACUGGAGAGGAUCCUCGGCCGGAACCCUAGCUCCGCCGAGCCGGCGGCGCCGGCGCUGACCUCGCCGGUGGAUCGCCGGGAUUCGGCCGGAUCCUUCCUCAUCCAGGCGCCGAGCGAGCCCAGGAAGAUUGAGAUGUACUCGCCGGCGUUCUACGCCGCCUGCACCGCCGGGGGGAUCGCGAGCUGCGGGCUCACGCACACGGCCGUCACCCCGCUCGAUAUCGUCAAGUGUAACAUGCAGAUUGAUCCAGCUAAGUACAAGAGCAUUUCAUCAGGAUUUGGUAUCCUUCUCAAAGAGCAAGGUUUCAGGGGCUUCUUUAGGGGCUGGGUGCCAACGCUUCUUGGUUACAGCGCUCAGGGGGCAUGCAAAUUUGGCUUCUAUGAGUUCUUCAAGAAGUAUUACUCGGAUAUUGCUGGACCCGAGUAUGCUGCCAAAUACAAGACCUUGAUCUACCUUGCAGGGUCUGCUUCUGCUGAAUUCAUUGCUGAUGUAGCACUCUGCCCCAUGGAGGCAGUGAAAGUGCGAGUGCAGACGCAGCCGGGGUUUGCCAGGGGUUUGUCUGAUGGGCUCCCGAAGUUUGUCAAAUCUGAAGGCUAUCUUGGAUUAUACAAAGGAUUGGUUCCUCUCUGGGGGCGUCAAAUUCCUUAUACCAUGAUGAAAUUUGCAUCGUUCGAGAUGGUCGUGGAAAUGAUCUAUAAAUAUGCCAUUCCCACACCAAAGGAUCAGUGCAGCAAGCCUCUUCAGCUUGGCGUGAGCUUCGCCGGCGGUUACAUUGCUGGGGUCUUCUGUGCCAUUGUAUCUCACCCGGCCGACAACCUCGUCUCCUUCCUUAACAAUGCAAAGGAUGCCACUGUCGGCGAUGCCGUGAAGAAGCUCGGCCUUUGGGGGCUAUUCACUAGAGGGCUUCCUCUUCGUAUUGUUAUGAUUGGUACUCUCACUGGGGCACAAUGGGGUAUCUAUGAUGCUUUCAAGGUUAUGGUUGGCCUGCCAACAACAGGUGGAGUUGCCCCUGCUGCAGCUCCAGCCGCAGAGCUCGCUCCACUGAAAGUCAGUGCUUGAUUUUUCUGAAGCAGUAACUAGAAGUGAUUUCUAGCAUUUAUUUUGCCCAUUCUUGGUGAGAUUGUAGUAAUUUCCAAAGAGCAUUGCUUGUUUUGAUUUUUUUUGUUUCUUGUGUGUACCUUAAGGGGAUGGUUUUGGUCUCAUCCCAAAGGCUCGUGAAUUUCAGAAGCUCAUUUAGAGAUUACAGUAGUUGCCUGCACCAUAGUAUUUAAAGGGUUACCAAAGAAUAAGCUGGAGGACAGUGAAAAAUAUUAUUGUACACAUUUUAUUAUCCCUCGAGAUUUGCAGGGAUUUAAUUACAUGUUUCUUCUCCUCUUACAUCAUCUCUUCGGAUUUACAAGUAAAGCAUAUUCAAUAGUACAUCAGGCUACCAUGUUCUUGUUUCA